AUGGUCUACACCGGGCCCUCGGUUUCAGACAUGAUCGGCAACAAAACGCUUGCUGAGAACAUCAUAAAAUACCACGACCACCCUACAAGUGACAGCAUACUGGACGACGAUAACUUGAAUCUUUUGCAGCGAUUCGUCGAGGAUCCGAGGUCAGCAGGCCAGUCUGGCAACGUAUGCAGUUUGGGCGCAUGGUAG